AUGAUGAUGAUGUUAAGCUGCCUGACAGUAGUAUUUGGUCUAUCUGUGAGUGACGCUACAGGUAGAGGGUCAAAAGAAUGGCAUGCAUCUGCUCCAGCGCCACCACCGGGGGACAUUGGUGGUGGGUUUGGGUUUUAUGAAGAAAAUGGCCAAGGGACUAGAGAGCAUCAUCAGCACGGAGUCUUGUGGUCAGAACUUGUUCUUGUGAUAGCAUUAAUCGUCAUGCUUGGGUUUGUGGUGAAUGUGGUGAUCAUAAGAUUAUUGAAGGAAAAAACAAAGCUGAAAAACACCAGCACCCCUGUUGUUGGAACUAAAACAUCCUCCCCAGUGUCAGUAGUAAAGGUGGACGAAACAAAUCCAGAUCCAGGCCUUGUUUUUUUUGUAGAACAAGAGGAGCAAUUUAAUUUGCAGAACCUUCUGGAUGCAGGAGCUGAUCUGCAAAACCAAAACUACUGCAGCAGCCUUUACAAGGUUCAGCUUAACAACAACAGCUUUGCUUAUGCAGUGAAGCGAUUAAAGAAAUUACAGGCACCAUGCGAGGAGUUUGAUCGCACAAUGGCAAUGGUUGGGAAGUUGAAUCAUCCAAACAUUCUUCCCCUUGUAGCCUACAAUUGUCAGGGUGAAGAGAAGCUUCUCAUUUACAAGUAUCAAAACAAAGGGAGCCUCCUGGCACUCAUGGAAAGGUAUAUUGAGGGGAAGAGUGAAUUCCCAUGGAAAGUGCGGUUGUCUAUAGCCGUUGGAAUAGCAAGGGGAUUGGAUCACAUAUACAAAAGUGAUCCGGGCAUUCCCCAUGGAAACAUGAAGCUAUCCAACAUUUUGUUGAAUGAAAACAAGGAGGCGUUGAUAAGUGAAUACGGAUACUGGAAUAUGGUUGAUCCCAAGAGUGCUAGCUUGCAGAGAUCAAGUAAUGGUUAUGGCAGCUACACAGCCCCUGAGAAAUGUUCAUCGGAAAAAGGGGACGUGUUCAGCUUCGGGGUGAUUCUGUUGGAACUGCUGACAGGGAAGAUAGUGGAGAACAGUUACAGCGGUGGCUUGGACCUUCCAAAGUGGGUCAAGGCCAUGGUCAGAGAGGAGUGGACAGGGGAGGUGUUUGAUAAGGAGAUUGCAAAGGUUGGAAUGUAUGCUUUUCCUCUGCUGAAUGUUUCCUUAAAGUGUGUUGCCCAUUUUGCUGAGAACAGACCUUCCAUGGCUGAGGUUUUGGAGACGAUACUUGGGGUUGUUGUUGAGGCACAGGAAGAUUUUUCUUUUUCUUCCACCGACUCAACCCCCCCACACCCACACACACACGAUGCUGCUCAUGUGCUUUAUUCCGUUGCAGAGGAUAAGGAGGAGGGCUAG